UCUCGCGAGAAACUCACUUGGACAAACUGACCAAGAAGUGUAAGUACGAGAAACGUCGGAAGAAGCUGCCUUGCCAGAAGCUGCUUCUUUUCCACAACUCAUCAAGAACAAGCUGUAGAAUGGAUCGCUCACACCGAGACUCCCAGAGCGGUUUAGAGACGGCAAUGGUGGAUCAAGCGCAAGCUUCCACGACAAGAAUAGCUCCAGAAAAUCGUCCGCUUCUAGCCCAGGAAGACAUGAUCUUAAGGGUUGAAGCAUUUCGUUUCUGCAUGCUUUUUUCGCUUCGCGUUGGUAGUUGAAAAAUCAAAGCACUAAAUAAAACAACCGGUUCGUUUUUACCUCUAGCGUGUAGCCCUUCCAACAACCUUUAAUGAUGUAUCCCAGCCUGGAUGUUGGAGGCGCAGACGCAGGACGAACGUCUCCCGAACUGCCACGAUCUCGGAAUGUAUCUAGGACUCGGACUAUGAGUGGAGGCAGCCUGUGUGGGAAGAUAGCGGCUCCGUACCGAAGUGAUAGUAAGAUGGUCUUUGAGGAACAACUACACGACGAGGCGGAGGAAGAUGAUGCAAGAAGUGGGUCGAGACAAAGAAGUCGGUACGACUGUGGCGAGGAAAGUAAGACGUCGGAAGAAGGACAUCAGGUGUCACAAACCACUUCGACAACGGCUUAUGGAAGAAAUGAUUUCUUACUUUCUGGUGAGUCCUAGUAGAAAUUUGAACCAUGGUGAAUUUACGAUCACUUUAUCAAUAUCAUCAUCACCUUGAUUAUAGGUUUCUUGCGCUUUUUUAGGUGCAGCUCCCAAAAUGUCAUCGCGUUUCUAAUGACAGCCAACUGCAGCCCCAACACUAGCUUUUUCGCUUGGCUUGGUAGUCCUGUAUGCCUUAUCAGAUACCGGCAAACUGAUAACGCAAAGCUGGUAUUAAGGCUUCCCCUAAUCCAUCUUCGGAAGCAUCCUCAGCUGUGUUUUCAAACGGAAAAAGCGCCCAGGUUGAGAUGGAUUAGGGUGAGCGCUAAUGGUACGUCUCCAGUGACCCGCGUCUCAACGUGCACUCCCUAAACAUGACAGCGAAGCUGUUCGAUGUUAUUCUUUCGCUCCUCCUGGCGCCGCUUCUAUACGGAUGCGAUUUCGCCUUCCGGGAGUUGUUUAAUUGGCAGGAAAUAGUUGCAAACGCGCUUCCGAGUCUUGGACUGGCGCUCACCCAAGCCUUGCACAUGAUCCAGCUUUUCUUCGUUACUUAUGACUGCAGAAUCUCGUAAAGUUCUCUCGUAUAAGCUAAAACGAGAGCCGACGUUUGUCAUUUUGCCUUCUUGCAGCACGGCGUGAUGGGUUUUGUUCUGUCAUGUCUUGGCCUAGAGAUGGGCGUAGACGGGGGCGCUUGUCUUUGUCUCUGCGCCAUCAAGUCCCUCAGCAUUUUUUGGAUCAUCAACCCAAGCCUUGCACAGGAUCCAGCUCUUCUCAGAAUGAAAUAGCCUUGCACAUGAAUGCAGAAUCUCAAUGAAUAGCAUAAAAUUCUCCACGUCGGCUAUCAGGAAGGUUUCACAUAUCUCGUUGCAUGCACGGCAUGUGAUGCUGCAGAAGAAGUUACUUGUGCAUUUAGGAGCCUCUUGCCAGGCACAUCAAUCAAUCAAUCAAUCAAUCAAUCAAUAUCGCUUCGACGAAGCAUAGAUCAUUCGGCAACCAAGAACUUGCCUUUCCUUCUUCUCCUUCUUCAUACUUUUGCGGGUGAGACGAUCAUUGGCCAGUUGCGGAUUCCGUUGACUGCCUUGGCAAGUCGAUACGUACUGAAGAAAGCCUACUCCUGGGCUCAGUGGAUGCCUUUAAUUGUCAUAACGUGUGCGGUGCUACUUUUUCAGUUGACGAAACUGAAUGUGAAACGAGAUGAGGAUCAGAAGAAUUUACUCUACGGCUCGUGCAUCGGGUUCGCAUCCUGCCUCUUCGCAGUCCUCAGUUUCCUUUAUCGCGAAGGGUUGAUGAAAGCGCGCAACAAAACCCCCUUCGUCAUACAAAACUUUCUUAUGGAAACUGAACUUUGGUCUAUCACGCCACUUAUCUUGUACUUUUUAGCAGCGACGAGGAUCAGGGUCAACAGAAUCGAAUAGUUCAUAUUUAUCCCAAGUUGAUUGUCACACGUAUUCAGAUGAGCACGCGGUCAUUUUGCCCACGUCACUCUAAGUUGCAAUUCAACAUUACGAUGGUGAUAUGGCAUCUGACGCUGGGGUUACUUGUAUUUCCACAAGUUGGCAAGUUGCUUUGUCUGUUCGGCAAACCUAAAGAAGGUAAGACGAACGACGUUUUCACCUACGGGGCUCUGUUUCAGUGCCGGAGCAGCUGGGAGACCAGAUUCGAGGAUCUCAAAGAGCAUGUACUCAUAUUCUUGAAGAUCUAGGACCUCAGAUCCUGUGACAAGUCAUCCCCAAACAAGUGACCUACCUUGGCUGAUGUUGAAAAGUCAGAAAAGGCCUCCUAGAUAACCCCUGAUGCUGAAGAUCCUGGAGAAUCGUCAAGCUUAUUUGUUUCCCACACUCAUCCACCGCAGUUUGAUUUGCUGAACAACGGUGAGGAGGGAGGAUUCGAGAAUCUGACGGAAGUUUAUCUCAAGACGCGGCUAUCGCAAGCGGCCAGUAGCGUGAACGAGAUUCAAAGUCGAGUCCACGAUCUAGAGCAUGCGUCAAAUCUCUCUCUGCGAG